AAAAUGAAUUAAAAAAGGGGAAAGAGGCUUUAUCUGCUCCUUCGGUGCCUUUGUUUUCUCUCCGGCAUUCAGUGCGCCCGUGGAUUCCGUCGGAGUUCAGCUCGAUAAUCUCGAGAAUCUCGUGUGGGUGUGUUUUUGCAGGUUUGGGUGGUGUUUACUUCAAUGGCGGCCAGCGCCAGUGCUCCGUCCGAGUGUCGCAGCAGGACCAACAACGGGAGUAGCAACGGCGGGAACAACGGCGGCGGCGGUGGUGGAGGGCGGGAAAAUGCGAAUAGAGGAGGAGGCGUACCGCCGACGGAGAAGUCGAUGGCGAGACUCCCCUCGAGACGGCGCCUUCGCCACAAUCCUGGCUUAGCGGAUCAAUGGUCGUCGCACGAGCAGGCUACGCUAGUGGAAUUGCUCUCCAAACAUUCAACAGAGCCUGCUCUUGUUCGCUAUGCUAUGGUUUCUCAGGCUUUGAGGGAUAAAACUGUUCGGGAUGUUGCACUCCGCCAUAGAUGGAUGAGUAGAAGGGAAAAUGGCAAGAGACGGAAAGAAGCUCUCCACUCUUCAAAGAAAUCUAAAGAGAAAAAGCAAAAAAAUACAGAAUCACUUCCAAAAACUUCUCAACCUGGAAACAUCACUGGCCUGCCUCCUCAUGCUCAGCCGGUGGAGAUUGAUGAUGGAAUGUCGCUGAAAGAUAUCGGCGGAGUUACUGGUCAGCUUCUUGAGCAGAGUGCUCAGGCUAUGGAUCAAAUUUCUGCUAACUUUUCUGCUUACAAGCUUCAAGAUAACAUCAGCCUCUUUUGUCAAGCUCGGGCGAACAUCCUCUCAAUCUUGAACGACUUGAACGAAGUGCCGGAAAUAAUGAAACAGAUGCCUCCUAUCCCUGUGAAACUGAACGAAGAGCUUGCAAACACCGUGCUAGGACGACCACCAACUAUGCCGAACAAACCUUGACAACCUCGCCCCAUCCAAUUUGCUCAAACUCAGCGACGAUGACUUCUGCAAGCUGUAAGUUUGAGCCUUCGAAUAAAACUGGGCGGGUGGCAUGAAUCCUGUCCGAUGCUUCUCGAUGCAUUCAGCAAUAUUCAUGCCAUGCUUAUUUUCGUUUUUCCGUUUUUUCAUAAUCCAUGUCUGCGCCGUGCGUCAAUGCGCGCGGUGUGGUUGGGAAGACUGUGCUCAUUGGAGCAGCUAGCGUAGAGCUUAUGUUUAGCCUUGUAAAUGAGCUUAGGCUAUAUAUGAUAUGGAUCUUGAUGUUGCAAUCAAAGGGGCAUUAUUUGUGAUGUCCGAAAACUAUUAUUAUCCAUUUUGAAAAAUCUUGAUAUCUUUUAGCCAUGCUUUCUU